UAAGAAACACCUAGCAGGUGAAGCUUCUCCCUCAGGUGAAUGGAGGAGCUCGGGGGGAGGAGCUGCUACAUGACACCACACGAACACCGUGUAAACAACACACACCUUCCUUCGUUUGAACACGUCUCACACGUGAAACCAAGUGACUCUGGUUCAGACCUGACGCACACGCUCCUCCCCGGUCAAAGUGAUUUUCCUCUGGGAUGAAAACUCUGUGAAGUGGUUGAACUGGAUCAACACGGAGAAGGAGCAUGAGUACAGGGAAGUGUUGGACUAAAUUUUAACUUGGAUAAGCAGAUGGAAGAGAAGUGAGCAGGUCUGUGUUUUUAUCUUCUCAGACUGAAGAUGAGUGGUCAUGAGGAGGAAGUGGAGGACAGAGCAGAGUCUACAGUGUUCAGCUGUGUGUCUCUGAAGAGUGACAUGUCCAAACGUCGUCCUCCAGACUUCAGUAAUGAACCUGGACCCUCACACACAAAACUGAAGAUGAGUGGUCAUGAGGAGGAAGCGGAGGACAGAGCAGAGUCUCUAGUGCUCAGCUGUGUGUCUUUCAAGAGUGACAUGUCCAAACGUCGUCCUCCAGACUUCAGUAAUGAACCUGGACCCUCACACACAAAAGAGAGGACGAGGAUUCAUGUUUCUGAGGAGGAGCAGUCGUCCUGCUGUGCUUUGUGUCAGGACGUCCUGAAGGAUCCAGUCUCCACCAGCUGUGGACACUGGUUCUGCAGACAGUGCAUCACCUCAUACUGGGACCAGUGUGGUUCUUCAGGAGACUCCUCCUGUCCCCAGUGUGGACAGGGAUCCAGAACAGGAGCUGGAGGUCAGACAGCCGCAGAUCGUGAUCUACAGGAGGAUUUAGAUGAACAUAAGCUCAGUCUGAGGAGGAGAUGUGAACAUGUGACUGAAGGAACUGAUGAAGGAGGAAGUACAACCCUCCUCAACAGGAUCUACACUGAACUCUACAUCACAGAGGGACAGAGCGAAGAAGUUAAUACUCAACAUGAGGUGAGGCAGCUUGAGACGGCGUCCAAGAUGAAGAGCCUCCAAGACACUCGCAUCAAGUGCCACGAAAUCUUUAAAGUCUUAACUGACCAGCAGAGACGCAUCAGAGUCGUCCUGACCAACGGCGUCGCUGGCGUUGGAAAAACCUUCUUGGUGCAGAAGUUCACUCUGGACUGGGCAGAGGGUUUAGAAAACCAAGAUGUCCGUCUGCUGAUUGUGCUUUCGUUCAGGGAGCUGAACCUGGUGAAAGACCAGCAGUACAGUCUUCUCAAGCUGCUCCGUGUUUUCCAUCCUACAUUACAGAAGGUCACGGCAGGGAUACUCGCUGACUGUAAACCUUUGUUCAUCUUUGACGGCCUGGAUGAAAGCAGACUUUCUCUGGACUUCAACAACAGGAAGGUUGUGUCUGAUGUCAGAAAGCGCUCAUCAGUUAACGAGCUGCUUACAAGCCUCAUCAAGGGGAAUCUGCUUCCAUCGGCUCUGGUCUGGAUAACCUCCCGACCUGCGGCGGCCAAUCUGAUCCCUCCUACCUGUGUAGACAGAGUCACAGAAGUACGAGGCUUCACUGACGCCCAGAAGGAAGAGUACUUCAAGAGGAGAUACAGUGAUAUAGAGCUGUGCAGCAGAAUCAUCUCACACCUCAAGGCGUCCAGGAGCCUCCACAUCAUGUGUCAAAUCCCAGUCUUCUGCUGGAUCAGUGCUACAGUUCUGGAGCACAUGUUGACCACAGACCAGAGAGGAGAGCUGCCCAAGACCCUGACUGACCUGUACUCGUACUUCCUGCUGUUUCAGAUAAAGAGGAAGAACAACAAGUACGGUGAGGGACAUGAGACGACUCCACAGCAGCUGACGGAGGCUGACAGGGAUGUUCUCCUGAAGUUGGGGAGGCUGGCAUUUGAACAUCUUGAGGAAGGAAAAAUUAUGUUCUAUCAAGAAGACCUGGAGCGGUGUGGCCUUAAUGUUACAGAUGCCUCUGUGUACUCAGGAGUUUGUACUCAGAUCUUCAGAAGAGAGUUUGUGAUCUUCCAUAAAUCAGUCUACUGCUUUGUUCAUUUGAGUGUUCAGGAGUUUCUGGCUGCAGUCUACAUGUUCCACUGUUACACCCAGAUGAACACAAAAGUCAUUGACAACUUCCUUGGAGAGGACUUACAAUCCCGGGAGUCAAGGCUGAACCGUCUUCGCUGUUUCUUUUUAAAGUUUCUCCAACCAACUGAUUUCUCUGACCCUCUGGUUAUCCUCCUGAAGAGAACCAUGGAGAAAUCCCUCACCAGUGAAAAUGGUCAUCUGGACCUGUUUGUCCGCUUCCUUCACGGCCUCAGUCUGGAGUCCAACCAGAGAGUCUUAGGAGGCCUGCUGGGUCCGACAGAGAACAAUCCAAACAUCAUCCAGAUAGUCAUCGACAACCUGAAGGAGAUGAAGAAUGAUAAAACAUCUCCUGACAGAAGCAUCAACAUCUUCCACUGUCUGACUGAGAUGAACGACCACUCAGUUCAUCAGCAGAUGCAAAGGUUCCUGACGUCAGAGAACAAAUCAAAUGAGAAGCUCUCUGAGAUCCACUGCUCAGCUCUGGCCUACAUGCUGCAGAUUACAGAGGAUGUUCUGUAUGAGUUGGACCUGAAGAAGUUCUACACAUCAGACCAGGGUCGACAGAGACUUAUCCCAGCUGUGAGGAACUACAGGAAGGCUCUACUAGCUGGUUGUCGACUCUCAGAGACUCAUUGUGAAGUCGUGGCCUCAGCUCUGAAGACAAACCCCUCACAUCUGAGGGAACUGGAUCUGAGUCGAAACGACCUGCAGGAUUCAGGAGUGAAGCUGCUGUGUUCUGGACUGGAGAGUCCAAACUGUCGACUGGAGACUCUAAGGUUGAGUCACUGCAGUCUGUCAGAGAUCAGCUGUUCUUCUCUGGCUUCAGCUCUGAGGUCAAACCCCUCUCAUCUGACAGAGCUGGAUCUGAGUGGCAACGACCUGGAGGACUCAGGAGUGAAGGAGCUGUGUGGUUCUCUACAAAGUCCAACCUGUCGACUGGAGACUCUGAAGUUGAAUAGCUGCAGACUGUCAGAGGUCAGCUGUUCUUCUCUGGCUUCAGCUCUGAGGUCAAACCCCUCUCAUCUUGGAGAACUGGAUCUGAGCUUCAAUGACCUGCAGGACUCGGGAGUGAAGAAGCUGCUUGAUCUGGAGCAGAGUUCAGACUGUCGCCUGCGGACUCUGAUGUCAGUAGAUGAUGGCGGCCGCGAUCUUUGUAGAGGUGAAUGUGAAGAGGACAGUGUGUGUGGACGGAGGCUGAGCUGUGUCCUGAUGAUCCACAGAGACUGGAACAACAGCAGCUUGUGUGUAGAGCGGGAGACAGAGGUCCGGAGGAGGUGAGCGGCUCUGACAUCAGCCAGGGAGUCCACCAUCCUCCCUGUGUAUUCCUGUGGAUGAGACAGAGCAUCAUCAGUGUAUCUGCUCUGCUGCUGCUCUGUCCUUCGACUCAGAUCUGAAGAUCAACACUUCUAAAUAGCUUUUGAGUGAAUUUGCGUAGUCUUAUGCCAUGUUCAUAUGUAAAUAUUCCAAAAUUGUGGUUUUGUAUUUAAAGCACUUUGAACAAAUAUUUUAAUAAUGCAUAUAUAAAUAUAGUCAGUUGGAAAGUUUCAUAUUUUAAUGUCCUUAGGAACAUGCAUCCAAAAAUGGCUCGAUAUGGCCCCUCGAAUUUUCAAUGAGGGUCUUCCUACCCGUUUACUUUCGCCUAGAGUAGAAGAAGAAAAUAAGUAAGUUCCCACCAAUGUGUAUCAUGCCCAGAUGCACCAACAAGUAUUGUCACUUUAUGCCACAUCCAACAGGAAAUCUGCCAUUUUGGAUUGAAAAUUAAAUUUGGCUUGACAUCUGUCCAAUCCUCACCAAAAUUCUCACAUAGGAGAAUGAUCUCCGUGACAGUUGCUCUAAAUUUAAAAGAAUGUCAAUGUAUGAAAUUCCUCUAUUUAUGAAAAUAUAUUAUUCCAAAGCCUUUAUAUUCAGGAAGUUCAUCUUAUGAAAGUGGCCUUUCUCAAAGCAUUUGUAUUUAUCUUAUUUUUCUGCUUAUUUAGUCUCACUUUUUUCAACCAAAUGUUUAUUUUAACGGUGACGUCCCACUUUAUUGAAUGUCUAAUUUGUCUAAUUAUAAGACCUGUUGUGCUUUUUUGGCACGAAGUGGUAGCUUUUAGAUAAGAUUCUUCCCCAAAUAUUUUCAGGAAAUUCAAAUUGGGGAUACAUUUUUUUGUAACUUUUAUGAAAGGUGGGAGGUUAUUUGUUUCUGAAUCAUCAUUUACAAGACAUGUUAUGUAUUAAUUUGUCACUGUGUGGUCACAUGAUGGCGUGGACCAUGAUGAUUAGCGAGCUGGGUCCAGUGUCACCUGACGGACCCAAAAAGUGACAUGUUCUCCUUUUGUUAAGCAAUUUGUAGCUCUAUUAAGAAAGAUUUUAUACAAAUAAAACUUUACUUGUCAUGUUUUGUAUACUUCCAGAUAAAGCCACCAGUGCAUGUUUCUAUUUCAAGCUAUGAAUAAAUGUGUGUGUGUGUGUGUAGAAUUGAAACACAGAAAUUCUAUCUAUCAAACUUCUAGAAAUUGCAGAUAAGUUUUGAGUUUACAGGAAAACAUGAUUAAAUUGUUUUUAUAUAAAGACAAGA